ACUAUCUUAUUUUUCUCAUCUUCCUCUUCUUAGGGUUUAAUAAGUUUUUGUUUAUCGAUGAGGAGGCCGGAACAUAAUAAUAAUAAUACAAUGAUGAAGGAGAAGGAGAAGGAGAAAGGGAAUAAGUUGGGGAAAUUAAGAAAAGGUUUAUGGUCACCAGAGGAAGAUGAGAAGUUAAUGAAUUACAUGUUAACAAAUGGUCAAGGAUGUUGGAGUGACAUUGCUAGAAAUGCUGGAUUGCAAAGAUGUGGUAAGAGUUGUCGUCUUCGAUGGAUUAAUUACUUGAGGCCUGACCUUAAACGAGGUGCUUUUUCUCUUCAAGAAGAAGAACUCAUUGUUCAUUUGCAUUCUAUUCUUGGAAAUAGGUGGUCACAAAUUGCGGCUCGUCUUCCAGGGAGGACAGACAAUGAAAUUAAGAAUUUCUGGAAUUCCACGAUAAAAAAGAGACUGAAAAACAAUAACAAUAAUAACAGUAACAACAGCACGCCAUCGCCUAACACCAGUGAUUCUUCCUCCGAACCUAGGGCUCUUAUGGGAGGAAUAUUUCCAAUGCAAGGGCACGACGUAAAUGUUAUGGCAGCCUUAUGCAUGGAUAAUUCAUCGUCUACUACCUCAGGAUCAUCCAUGCAAGCCAUGGUUCCUAGCAACCAUUUUAACCCUUUCCCUCAGCUUGAUAAUACAAGCUACGAUAUAACAGGAUUAGUCGGGCCAGUAAAUUCAGGUCAAUUUGGUUGUAGCGGCGGUGAUGGUGGAUUUUUGGAUUAUGGAGUUGUGGAAACUUAUAGUAUGAUGGGGCUAGGAAGUGAUGAAUUUUCAAUACCCUCUUUAGAGGGUGUUAAUAAGAGUAUUAUGGGGGAAAAUAAUAACAAUAAUAGUCAUGUUGAUUUUAGUAGUAAUAAUAUUGUUAGUGGUGCCAAUGACUAUAAUUCCAUGAUUGAGAAGAAAAAUACAAAUGGAAACAACAACCAACACUUGAUGAAUAUGAGUGGGAGUAGUGAUCAAAGCCUAAAGGUUGAAGACUAUAUGGUAGGUUUUGGGAAUCAUCAUCAUUGGCAUGGGGAAAGCUUAAGAAUUGGAGAAUUUGAUUGGGAAGGUUUGUUGGCAAAUGUCUCCUCUUUACCUUACCUUGAUUUUCAAGUUGAAUAACUACUCUCUCCAACCCCUUCACCCCACAUACCCACACAAUAAUGACACAAAUACCCUCUUCUCAAUAUCUCUUUCUUUUUUUUGAUAAUCGUAAAAUUCAAAAGAAUAAUAAUGACGCAAGAUUUGAAAUUCGGUGAAUAAUAGGUCUGUCAGACUUUUGUCUUCCUUCCCAUAUCUUCUUCUUCUUCUUCUUCCAUCUAUUCAUUAUACAUAAAUUGUUCCCCUCCUCAAUUCACCACAACCUCAUCUUAGAGAAAAUUUUGAGAUACACUUCUUUUCUUUACAUUUGCGAUUAUCAAAAACAUCCACUAGGUUUUCUUUUUUUUUUUGUUUCUCAUUUCAUUUUUUUUGUUUUUGUAUAAUUGUUCUUCCUAGAUCCACAUUGAUCUUUUAUUCCUUUUACCAAAAGUUCCUUCAUCAAGAUUCAUAGAGGAUUAGAAAUAAGUCUUCAAGUUAAGUUGGAAAUACAUAUUUUCAAUCGUUGUCAAGUAUUAUGGGGAUACUAAGGGAGAAAUAAUAAUCUUUCUCAUCAAAAAGAGCAAAGUGUGAAUAGAGAAAGAGCAAAGUACAAAUACGGAAGAAGAUUGUGAAGAGAAAGUAAAUAAAAAGGUCGAAUUGUUGAUUUGUAAGCAGUAUUUGUGUACAGAUAUAUGGAUCAAUCAAUCAAUAAUCUUUUGAGUUUUAAGAGAAUUUUAGUCAGUUACAUACACGUUUCUCAGAAAUACAGAUGGAGAAAAUUGUUGUACGUACUUUGUAUUUACAAUGGAAAUAAGAAGCAAUACUGUUAGCU